GCGCUCCUGCCGCUCCCGGCGCAGCCAUGGCCCCGGCCUUCUGGCCGAUCCUCAGCCGCGUCCUUUGGCUCGCCUGCCUCCUGCCCUUGGCCCCGGCUAGGGUGGCCGCAGGGCUGUAUGAACUGCACCUCACCACUGAUGGCCCUGCCACCACGGGGGCAGAGGUGACGAUCACAGCUAGCCUGGUGGCCAGAGACAAUGGCAGUCUGGUCCUGCCCACCAACACCCGCCUCUACCACUUCCACUGGAUCCAUACCCCGCUGCUGCUCACAGGGAAGACCGAUGAGGCUUUCAGCUCCACCAUCCGUGCCGUGGGGACCGUGCCUGGGGACUUCCCGGUUUCCGUCUGGGUCACCGCUGCCAACUGCUGGACAUGCCCGCCUGUGGCCAGGAGCCUCCUCGUCCUCCCCAUCACAGAGCUCCUUGUGGGUAACCUCGUUGUCACCCAGAACACCUCCCUGCCCUGGCCCAGCUCUUACCUCACCAAGACAGUCCUUAAAGUUUCCUUCCUUCUCCAUGACCCGAGCAACUUCUUCAAGACGGCCUCAUUUCUCUACAACUGGGACUUCGGAGAUGGCACCCAGAUGGUGACUAAAGACGCUAUGGUCUAUUACAACUAUUCCAUCAUUGGAACCUUCACUGUGAAGCUCAAGGUGGUGGCUGAGUGGGAACAGGCAACGCAGAAUGCCGGGAAGGGCAUCAUGCAGAAGACAGGCGACUUCUCUGCCUCGCUGAAGCUGCAGGAAACCCUUCGAGGCAUCCAGGUGUUGGGGCCCACCCUAAUCCAGACCUUUCAAAAGAUGACAGUGACCUUGAACUUCCUGGGGAGCCCCCCUCUGACCGUGUGCUGGCGUCUCAAGCCUGAGUGCCUGCCGCUGGAGGAAGGGGAAUGCCACCCCGUGUCGGUGGCCAGCACGGCCUACAACUUGACCCACACCUUCAGGGAUCCCGGGGACUACUGCUUCAGCAUCCGGGCUGAGAACAUCAUCAGCAAGACACACCAGUACCACAGGAUCCAGGUGUGGCCCUCCAGCAUCCAGCCGGCCGUCUUUGCCUUCCCGUGCGCCACGCUGAUCACCAUGAUGCUUGCCUUCAUCAUGUACAUGACCCUACGGAAUGCCACUCACCAGAAGGACAUGGUAGAGAACCCGGAGCCUCCCGCUGGGGUCCGCUGCUGCUGCCAGAUGUGCUGCGGGCCCUUCUUGCUGGAGACUCCCUCGGAGUACCUGGAAGUUGUCCGCGAGAACCACGGGCUGCUGCCGCCCCUCUACAAAUCCGUCAAAACGUACACCGUGUGAGCGCCCCCCCGGUCCCGUCGUGGCAUUAACUACUGCCAGCGGGGCUCUGCGGACAGGGCCGUGCGCGCAGCAGAGCAGGCGGGGCUCCAGAUGCGGGGCUGUCCUCCCUGCUGGCCAUCCAUCUGUGUCUCCAGCUGCCACCAUGAGCCUCCCGCAGCCCCACACCCCUGCCAUCCGUCCAUCUGUACAGUCCGGCCU